AUGGGUAUAGGAAAUCACCAGGAUUCCUCGGAUGGCCGUUUACCUGCUCUACCGGAGCUUGAAUUCAGGAUGACAUAUGGCGGAGAAAGAUAUAAGACCUCGAUUCUGUCCAAGGAGAUUGUUAUGGGUCUGAGGGAAGCUCUCCAGGACAAAUAUAAAUAUUCCCUGAGUUGGAAACUUCUUUUCUCCACAUUUGAAAAUGGAUUUUCCUACAGAACCUUUCUUUCAAGCUUUGAAAGAGACGAACUACCUUUUGUACUUGCCUGUAGGACCAGGGAUGGAGAGCUGUUUGGAGCAUUCUUUGAGGAUAGAAUUAGGGUGUCCAGGACCAUGUAUGGGAGGCCAUCCACUUUUUUGUUCACCACAGCCCAAAACAUGAUCUCGGAAUCCGAAGAUGGCAAAGUGGCUGUCUUCCCUGUAUCUCAAGGCAGUGGAGCAAAUAUCUAUUGCACCCCAGACUUCCUUGCAUUUGGUUGUAGUGGAGAAAGGUUUGGGCUGCUGAUAGACAGAUCAUUGUCAAGUGGAGAAACACAUCCGGUGGAGACCUUUGGGAAGGCCAUCCUUGCAUCCAACAGCCAUUUCCAAAUAUCGUACCUCGAACUGUGGCUUAUCCAGUUAUGA